CCUUUGUUUAUUAAAAAUAAUUUAAUAGUCGACUAAACCGGGAGAGAUUCCAGUUGGAAUUCAAUGGUUUUAGAAAGAGAUGGACGUUCACCUUUUGAAACAACUCCAAAGAGAUCAACUGGCGCACAUGCUGGAGUCGGAACCGGGGAAGAAAGAUUUUGUGAUAGAUCCAUGUUUUACUAAAUUAUUAGACAGAAUAGCAGGAGCAACAUUUCUAAAGGAUCAUGGAGUGGAUAAAAUCUAUAAAUUGGAUCCUUCACAGAAAUCAUUGGCUGGUACUGACAUACGAUUUUAUUUUGUGCGGCCUGCAAUUCCAACAAUAAAACUGAUAGCUAAUCAUAUCAAUGCUGAGAAAUCCAGCCACGGUUUGAGGAAAUAUAAAAUAAUUAUGGUUCCACGCAAGCUUCAUGUUUGUGAAAAGAUUUUAGAAUCGGAAGGGGUUUAUGGAUCGAUUUCUAUAGAAGAUUUUAAUUUAGAGUUAGUUACUUUAGAUAAUGACAUCCUGUCGCUAGAAUUACCAGAUUUUCUACGUAAUUUCUACUUGGAUGGGGACCAAACAUGGCUUCAUACCGUUGCUUCAUCAAUUGUACAUUUAGAGAAUUUAUAUGGUAACAUUCCAAAUGUUUAUUGUCUUGGUAAAGGUGCUCAGAUGACCUUUGACCUGAUAAAUCUGUUGUCAGAUAAACCAAGAGAAGAGAGUGUAGAGAAGGGAGAUAAUCAGAAUAUAGGUCAUCUGUUUAUAAUUGAUAGAGAUAUAGAUUUUGUAACACCAUUGUGUGCACCUGUGACCUAUGAGGCGUUAUUAGAUGAAAUUUAUGGAAUAGAAUGUGGUAUUAUUGAUCUAACUAACCCUGACAGUACCAGUAACACACCUGGUAAAUUACUACUUACUGCAGAGAAUGAGAUUUUUCAGAUGAUAAGAAACCGCCAUUUUAGCUAUGUUUUUGCAUAUAUCAGUGACAAGGCUAAAGAGCUGAAACUAGUUCAUGAUAAAAAAGAUGAUUUAAAGAGUGUAAAAGAUAUGCGACAUUUUGUUUCGAAUGAUUUACGAAGUUUAAAACAACAACAGAAACUUUUAGCACAGCAUAUUGGUGCUUGCGAGUAUAUAAUGAGUACAAAAUCAAAAGGCAGCUUUGAAGAGUUUACACAUGUAGAACAUUGUUUAUUACAAGGGAGUGAUACGAAGGAAUGUAUUAAUUUUAUAGAAGAAUGUUUAUAUAAACAGACAAAUUGGUUGACAGUUUUACGCUUAAUCUGUUUACUGUCGUUAACAGAAGACGGAAUCCAGUCCAAGGAUUAUAAAUCUCUACGCACCAAAUUCUUACAUAGCCAUGGGUUUGAUUUGAUGCCUUCAUGGUUCAAUUUAAAAAAGCUGGGAAUUUUAACAGAAUAUGAAUUACCUCAAGUCAAUAAACCACUAGGAAAAAUGGCAUCCAUCACUCGACGCGGUCAGUUUAAAUCUCUUAGUAAAAGACUCAAUUUGGUGCCGAAAGUAUCUGAGAAUGUUGAUUUACGAACACCAAAUGAUAUGUCGUAUGUUUUUAGUGGAGCAUACACGCCAUUAGCUUGUAAAUUAGUUGAUCUAAUAUUGAGUCGUGAAAGUUUGAUUAGUUUAGAUGAUGUUUUGAAACUAAUACCAGGCGGUGUCAAAUGUGACAUGCGUCUUAAACCUGCAUCUAAAGCCAGGGGAGGUCACUCCAUUCCUUCUUCCCCAGCAGCCAAAGUGGUUUUAGUUUAUUUUCUGGGUGGAUGUACAUUUUCUGAAAUAGCAGCAUUGAGAUAUUUAGCAAGAAGAGAAGGAUACAAGAUCACCAUAGCAACCACAGCCAUUAUUACAGGAAAUAGUUUUGUAGAAUCAGUGAUGGAGAGAAAACCAAUAUGAUGAUAAAUAUGUAUUUUAUAAUUUUAUAAUUUAUUUUUUUUUU